CGGAGGGGCGGCCCCGGCGGCGGGGGCUCGAUGGCGGCGCCCUUCGAGGAGCGCAGCGGCGUGGUGCCCUGCCGCACGCCCUGGGGCCGCUGGUACCAGACGCUGGAGGAGGUGUUCGUGGAGGUGCACGUGCCGCCCGGCACCCGGGCCAAGGACGUGAGCUGCAGCCUGCAGAGCCGACACCUGGCGCUGGCCGUGGGGGGCCGGCAGCUGCUGCAGGGUAAGCUUUUUGACUCUACAAUAGCUGAUGAAGGAACAUGGACAUUAGAAGACAGAAAACUGAUACGAAUUGUUCUGAUGAAGACGAAUCGAGAUGCUGGAAAUUGUUGGACGUCUCUGUUAGAAAAUGAUUAUGCUGCUGAUCCUUGGGUACAAGACCAGAUGCAAAGGAAACUUACACUGGAACGAUUCCAAAGAGAGGCAAGUCAAAGAACCCUGGAUUUGACUUCAGUGGUGCAGAAAUCUCUGGAAAUUACAGCAAAGGAGGACCAGACUUCUUUAGCCUUGAAAAAUGAACUCUUUUAACCUAUGUUCCUGGAGAGAAAUUACACGUUGUACUGGAGGACAGGAAUAUGUAAUUGGUGAAGACUUCAGUGAUCUAGUCAGCGGAUUGUUGGCAAGUAAUUACUUCAGCAAAGAGAAAGGAGGUCUCUUCUAGCAGAACAAAGUGUUAGCAGCUGAUUCAUAAGCUGCAAUAACUUUCUAGCAUUAAAGGGAUAAAAUGCAUGAAAAGGUGUAUACAAAAAAAAGUAACAUCUUGAAGCAGAACACUUUCUCUGAUACAACAGUAAACUAGUCAGUUAUAAAUAUACCACUUGUCUUAUGUAAGAAUAUCUUUAUUGUUGAAGAUGGAUCCUGUAAGUAAGAUACUGAAUAUUUUUUCUUAACUUGCAACUAGAAGGAUAUUGGGAAGGCUACAGUUGCACUUCUGAAACAGACUUGCACUUCUAGCAGCCCUGUAAGAAUUUGUACCUUAUUCUAAAAUAGAGGUUAAUAAACUACUGCAUCUUGCCUCAACUGAGGUUUUACAAUCCA